AUGCCAUCAGCAACAAAGGCAGAGUAUGUGGAGGGUGGAGGUGUGGUGGGUGAGGGGGAGUGUGGUGGCAUUGUGAGCCAGUUGGAGGCCUCUGGGCUGGGUAGAGAGCGACAUGCACACUCCUGUCUGAAGGUCCCCAGGGAGCUUGUGAGGAGCUUCCCUCACUCCAAACGGGUGGGCUCCUAUCUGGUGGGGAAGAUGAUCAACAAGGGCUCCUUCGCUAAGGUCAUGGAGGGGCUACACAUCAGCACAGGAGAGAAGGUGGCCAUCAAGGUGAUUGAUAAGAAGAAGGCGAGGCAGGACUCAUACGUUCUAAAGAAUAUGAAGAGAGAACCUCGUAUUCACCAGAUGGUCAGACAUCCUCAUAUAGUAAUUCUACUGGAGACCCUGGAGACAGAGAACAGUUACUACAUGGCGAUGGAGCUGUGUGUUGGAGGAGAUCUGAUGGACCGAAUCUGUGAGAAGAAACGUCUGGAGGAGAGAGAAGUCAGGAGAUACACACGACAGAUCCUCUCAGCUGUGGAGCACCUACACACACACUGCAUCAUACACAGGGAUCUGAAGAUUGAGAACUUCCUCCUGGAUGAACACAACAACAUCAAGAUUGUUGACUUCGGUCUCAGCAACACUCUGAAGGUAGAGUCUGCUGAGCUGCUGAACACCCAGUGUGGAAGCCCAGCCUAUGCCGCGCCCGAGCUGCUCGCCCACAGCAAGUAUGGACCCAAGGUCGACGUCUGGUCCGUGGGGGUCAGUAUGUUUGCCAUGCUGACCGGGACGUUGCCUUUCACUGUUGAGCCGUUCAACAUCAAACAGCUGCAUCAGAAGAUGGUCAAUGGAGAGAUAGGAACCAUACCCAAUGAUAUCAGCAAAGGUGCAGUAGGUUUCGUCCUGUCCCUGUUGGAACCAGAACCUUCUAAACGGCCGACAAUCAGAUCAGCUAUGGAGGAGAAAUGGAUCAAUGAGGGCUACACCAGAAAACCUUUACACACACUCACACACAGGAACAGGCUGCGUCCUGAGGAUCUCAACCAAUCCGUGCUGUCCUACAUGACAGAGUCUCUGGGUUACAGUCUGAGUGAUGUCACCACCAUGCUGACCAAUAACAGGCCUUCUGCCAUCCUGGCCUCCUAUCAGCUGCUGCUCAGAAAACUGACCCGCGGAGAGAAAGGGGCCAGGGGCAUCAAGGUCUAUACACACCCCAUCUCCGUGUUUUGUGGUCGAGUCUCUGAGAUCUGUGUUCUAAUCUAUGUGUUCCAGUCUCUGUGUUUUAAUCUUCUUUGUUCUCUGUGUUCUGUGUCCGUCUCUGUGUUCUGUGUCCAGUCUCUGUGUUCUGUGUCCAGUCUCUUGUUCCAGUCUCUGUGUUCAGUGUUACAGUCUCUGUGUUCAGUGUUCCAGUCUCCGUGUUCAGUGUUCCAGUCUCUGUGUUCAGUGUUCCAGUCUCUGUGUUCAGUGUUCCAGUCUCCGUGUUCAGUGUUCCGUCUCUGUGUUCAGUGUCCCAGUCUCUGUGUUAUAGUCUAUGCGUUCUGUGUUCAGUCUCUGUUCUACGUGAUCCAGUCUCUGUGUUCUGUGUUCCAGCCUCUGUGUUCUGGUCUCUUCUACGUGAUUCAGUCUCUGUGUUCUGUGUUCCAGCCUCUGUGUUCUGGUCUCUGUGUCUAUGUGAUCCAGUCUCUGUGUUCUGUGUUCCAGCCUCUGUGUUCUGGUCUCUAUGCCUCUGUGUUCUGUGUUCCAGUCUCUGUGUUCGGGGACAGAGAGCUGGUCCAUCUCGCACCUCCUAAAAGCUCUGCCUCCAAGCUGUGUGACUCCGCCCCCCUGCCACGCCUGUUGGAACCAACCAGAGAAGUCCAGGUCCGUCCAGUCCGUCCACCACAUGAGCUCAGAACCACACACUCCGAUGGGGCGGAACUCGACAACAGCCACCUCCACGACGACGAUGACAGUUGUCACGAUGACCACGUUCACCCUCAUCGCCUUGGCAACAAUGACCGGUUAAAGAAGCUGCAGAUGUUCUACUCCUCGGAGACGAAGGGUGGAGUUUCUCCCAGAAUGAUCCUGGAGACCACGGAGGCUCGCCCCUCGGACAGAGAACACUUGGCAGGCGCCAUGGAAAUGGCACAAACUGCCCCGCCCCCUCUCCCCCAGCUACGGAAUGCUGGGCUGAAGGAGGGAGGUGGGGGAGGAAGGGGGGGGAAGUUCACAUGGGUGGGCCACGUGGUACGGCCGCAGGGCACCACAGGGCUGCUGGUCAACGGGACCAAACCCCCGGCCUUCCCCUCCCAUAGACAGCACGCUCUGGUCAUCAAGAGCCUUCGCCAGGAGAGGGCGAGGAGAGGAGGAGGGGGAAGAGGAGGAGGAGGGAUGAGAGGAGGAGUGCAGCGUAACUCUGUUCAGCUGCGUCAGUCCUUACAGCGUCGAGUAGCUGACCUGAACCUCCCUCUGCUCCCAGCAGCCCCGCAGAGACCAUAUUGACCUAUUGACCUAAGACACUAACCCUAUUGAAAUACAGAGACCCUACUGACCUACAGAGACCCUACUGACCUAUUGACCUAAGACACUAACCCUAUUGAAAUACAGAGACCCUACGGACUACUGAGACCCUACGGACUACUGAGACCCUACUGACCUACAGAGACCCUACUGACCUACUGACCUACAGAGACCCUACUGACCUACUGACCUACAGAGACCCUACUGACCUACAGAGACCCUACUGACCUACAGAGACCCUACUGACCUACUGACCUACAGAGACCCUACUGACCUACAGAGACCCUACUGACCUACUGACCUACAGAGACCCUACUGACCUACAGAGACCCUACUGACCUACAGAGACCCUACUGACCUACUGACCUACUGACCUAGAGACCCUACUGACCUACAGAGACCCUACUGACCUAGAGACCCUACUGACCCAGAGACCCGACUGACCCAGAGACCCGACUGACCUACAGAGAACCUACUGACCUACAGAGACCCUACUGACCUACAGAGACCCUACUGACCCAGAGACCCUACUGACCCAGAGACCCUACUGACCUAGAGACCCUACUGACCUACAGAGAACCUACUGACCUACAGAGACCCUACUGACCUACAGAGACCCUACUGACCCAGAGACCCUACUGACACAGAGACCCUACUGACCUAGAGACCCUACUGACCUACAGAGACCCUACUGACCUAGAGACCCUACUGACCUACAGAGACCCUACUGACCUACAGAGACCCUACUGACCUACAGAGACCCUACUGACCUAGAGACCCUACUGACCUAGAGACCCUACUGACCUAGAGACCCUACUGACCUACAGAGAACCUACUGACCUACAGAGACCCUACUGACCUACAGAGACCCUACUGACCUACAGAGACCCUACUGACCUAGAGACCCUACUGACCUACAGAGACCCUACUGACCUACAGAGACCCUAC